AUGGACGAUCAGUUCGCAGAAGUCCAGCUUCCCGAGUCACGUGUGCUACUCGUCAUCACAGGUGGUACGAUAUGCAUGCGCAAAUCCGCGGACGGUCUCGUCCCUGCAAGAGGAUUCCUGAAAGCUGGGCUUGCUCCGCGACCCGCCUUCAACGACGGCUCCUAUCCGGAACCUUUGGAGAUUGUAACCGAUGAUGAAGGCACUCACAAGGCUGUACAGAGUCUGCGAACACCCGUCAGCACAUAUGGGCGUCGAAUACGGUACUGUGUACUCGAGUUUGAGAAAUUACUCGACAGCAGCUCCAUCGACUCCACCGGCUGGGACCAGAUUGCUAGGACAGUCCAAAGAAACUAUCAACUCUUUGAUGGCUUCGUCAUAUUACACGGGACAGACUCAUUAGCCUACACAUCCGCGGCCUUGAGCUUCAUGUUCCAGAAUUUGGGAAAGCCAGUCAUUCUGACGGGCUCACAAGUCCCAAUGUUUGGAUUGCAAACCGACACUGCCGAGCACAACCUACUCAAUUCUCUCGUCAUCGCGGGACAUUUCAUGAUACCCGAAGUCUGCCUCUUCUUCAAUUUCAAACUCUUCCGAGGAAAUCGUGCUACGAAGAUAUCUGCCGAAGACUUUGAUGCAUUUGGUAGCCCAAAUCAUCCACCGCUUGCAACAGUCUCCGCGACCAAGACGAACGUUUUGUGGCACAGAGUCCACCGUUCAGUAGAUCUCAGCCCUUUUGCGAUUCAAACGAGUUUGAACACGGCACAUGUAGCCUGUCUUCGGGUCUUCCCAGGCAUCACGCCAGCAUUGGUCGACUCGGUCCUGCGGCUGGAGGGACUCAAGGGACUGGUGCUGGAGACCUUUGGAGCCGGUAACACACCGGGCGGAGCUGAUAGUGCAAUGACACGUUGUUUGGCAGACGCCGUGAAGAGGGGAAUCGUCAUCGUCAACGUGACACAAUGCUUGAGCGGCAGCGUCAGCGCACUGUAUGCUCCCGCCACAAUGCUCGGUCGGGCCGGUGUCGUGUUUGGCCAGGACAUGACAUCCGAAGCGGCGCUGACGAAACUCGCCUACCUAUUAGCCUUGCCCGAUGCUACGCCUGAAGAGGUCGCAAAGCAAAUGUCGGUUUCCAUUAGAGGUGAGUUGACGGAGACUACAAGAACCCACUUCGAACACCCUUCACGGAGUGGAUUUCUUACCCCAGAGCUCUCCAGCUUGACAGCACUUGGCUACGCUGUGCAAAAGGGAGAUCUGCAAGCCACCCGGGACAUCAUACGAGGAGAGCGUCGAUGGCUCCUCAAUGAUUGCGACUAUCAAAUGAACAGCCCUGUACAUCUCGCCGCCACCAGUCCGAAUGUGGAGAUUCUGCAGGACUUUUUGGCCCAGGGAGCGUCGGUGCAUCUGAGGAACCGAUUGGGAAAUACCCCGCUUUUCCUGGCUGCAGCGGCGGGCUUGAAAGAUCACGUACGGAUGCUGAUCGAUUCGGGUGCGCAUUUGCAUACAGAGGAAGUGAGGGCGGCAAAGCUGCAAGCUGCGGAGGGCGACGGCAAUGCAGAGAUUUGGAAGAUGGUGAUUGGCUGA